AUGAAUUACUCUGUGACGCCUCUACUUGAACGUCGAUUCAAUACUGAAGGAGAUGGUCCCAAGUUUUUCAUAAAGUAUGAAAUGCUACAGCCGAGUGGUAGCUUUAAGUCUCGAGGUAUCAGUCAUCUCAUUGCCCAGAAAAAGAAGGACUUAAUGAAAAAUGGUGAAAAGAAGUUGGCAGUUUUCUCCAGCUCCGGGGGAAAUGCAGGCCUAGCGGCUGCUACUGCAGCUAAAUCAAUGAAGCUUGACUGUACAGUCGUUGUCCCUAAAACUGCAAAGCCCAGAAUGGUUGAGAAGAUUAAAAGCGCAGGUGCAGACGCAAUUGUGUACGGAGAACACUGGGGUCUUGCCGAUCAAUACCUGCGCGAAGAAGUGAUGGCAAAGGCAAGGGAGAGUGGCUUAGAAACUUUGUAUGUUCAUCCCUUCGACGAUGAAAUAAUAUGGGAAGGACAUUCCACUAUUGUGGAAGAAAUUUUGCAGCAGUUAGAGCAGCAGCAGGUACCUUUAUACAAGUUGAAGGGCAUCAUCUGUAGCGUAGGCGGUGGAGGCCUUUAUAGUGGAGUCAUCAAAGGUUUGGAAAAAUACAAUCUAGUCAAAGAAAUCCCGAUUGUUGCGGUCGAAACUGAAGGAAGCGAUGUACUUUCCAAGUCUUUGGCAAAUGGAAGCCCAAUUGUACUAGAAAAGAUUUCCAGUAUCGCCUCCUCUUUGGGUUCCUCAUAUAUCUCAUCUUUUGCAUUUGACAGUGCACAAAAAUAUGGCAGUAAGUCUGUGGUUCUUCAGGACAGCGAUGUGACUAAGACUUGUAUGAGAUUUUCGGAAGACUCGAGUAUUGUUGUCGAGCCGGCUUGUGGGGCCUCGCUGCAUCUUUGUUACCAUCCCGCUCGGUUGGAAAGCGCCCUUGGCCACAAGCUAGGGAAAGAUGACGUUGUAGUUGUGAUAGCGUGUGGUGGCUCAUGCACCUCUUUUGAUGACUUAUCCAUGUUGUAUAGUUCAAUUUCCUGA